AUGGUAGAUGUGACAGAGAAGGAAAUGGAUAAUCCCACCUUUAAAAGUGACACUGUACUUUCCGAUGUUCACUUACACUGCCCAAACAAAAGACAUCUCAUGGCACGAUUGAAUGCAGUUGGCCAACCAGUAUUCCUGUCGUAUUUCAAACUUCUUCGGAACACCGAAGUUUCAGCAUCUGAGAAACAUCUGAGAGAAGCUACAACAGAAGGAGAACGCCAAGACCGAAGUGGAAAUGAACUGUGUGACAAGGACAGGAAUAAUCUGAAAAAAGAAAGAGAAUCAAAUAUUGAAGGAGUCGAAGCACUGCUAGACAGUGAUGGAGACUUGGAAGUGGUCAGAAGACCUCGAAGUGCCUCUGAUUUAGAAGCGGAGGAUCUUUUGAGGGAGAGAGUGUGUCCUGUAAUUCUGAUGAAAGGGACAGAAGAUGCUUUUGAAGAUGAAGAACGAGAAUGUGCUUGCAGUGAUGUUGUUAAAAUAGAACACACUAUGGCAACCCCGUUAGAAGAUGUUGGUAAACAAGUCUGGCGCGCAGCCUUUCUUCUUGCCGAUUACAUCCUGUUUAAACGGGACACGUUCAGGUGUUGCUCGGUGUUAGAGCUUGGAGGCGGCACUGGAAUUACAAGCAUUAUCAUGGGAACAGUUGCCAAGAGGGUUUAUUGCACAGAUGUUGGUGAAGAUCUUCUAACUAUGUGUAAGCAAAAUAUUGCACUGAACAAACACCUGAUGGAGCCGGGAGGAGGGGAAGUUAAAGUAAAAGAACUGGACUGGCUGAAAGAUGAAUUCUGCACCGAUCCUGAAGCUCCUUAUAGCUGGUCUGAAGAAGAGAUUGCUGAUUUGCAUGACCACUGCACGGUGAUAAUGGCGGCCGAUGUGUUCUAUGAUGAUGACCUGACCGAUGCCUUGUUCAGAACACUGUAUAGAAUCACACACAACUUGAGAAAUUCCUGCACAGUCUACCUAGCAUUAGAAAAGAGGCUGAACUUCACUUUAAGACAUAUGGAUGUUACAUGUGAAGCCUACAGUCAUUUCAGAAAUACUCUAAAUGAUUUGGAGAACCUCCGAGAUAGAAAAAUUAAAUAUACUGCGGAGCCCAUCAAGCUUGAUUUCUGCCAGUUUCUCGUUUAUGAACGAAUUGAGCAGUUGGAAUUGUGGAAGAUUAUUGCUGAACAGCUAACAUGA